CUAUUCUUGUGCUUUUCAUCCUCACGCGUAAUACCGUAAAACAAGUCAUGCCUUCGUUGCGUCUCGACUCGCUGCAAAGUUAUUUUGUAAUUAAAAAUUAAAAUAGACGUGGGCGUACGUACAAACAUUACUUAGGCUUGACCAUUAACACAUCAGAACUCGGGUUAGGUGCGUUUAGUUUUUCUUCUAUUGGUAAAAAUGCGGCCCGCAUUUUCUUUGUUAUUGUGUUUAAUUUUUAUGAAAUUAUCCCAAGUUUUGUGCAAUCCUAAAGCGGCGAUUUAUGUCGACAAUGGACAAGGACAGACUGCUAUCGAUAGGAUGAUGACCAAGGACGAGAAGCGCGAAAUGGAAAUUGAAAUACUUAACUUAUUAGGCUUGCCUAAUCGACCAAGAAAAAUAAACAAAGCAACAGUUAAAAAAUCAGCGCCCAAGUUUUUAAUGGACAUUUACAAAUCACUAUUGGAAGAAGGCGAUGAUAACAAAAGAGUUAAAAGGGAUUCGGAUAUUUACUUGAGUGGUGAGGAACAGCAGAAAAUUGACCAAAGUGAUGUGAUAAUGACAUUUGAGAUUAUAAAGAAUCGCGUGGACAGUGUUCGGCACGAGAGAGGAAAAAGACUGUGGUUCGAUGUAGCCGAGCUACCAUUGGCCGAGGAUAUUGUAGGUGCAGAACUUAGGAUUUUUCAAAAUCAAUCAUUAACAAAACAUAGAGGAAAAGACUACACUGUUACUGCAUAUCAGCUUAUUAAUACUGACGAAGGCGAAAGUGAAUUGGAAUAUAUGUCAGAAGUUGAGACAUCUUCGGAUUCUACCGGAUGGUUAGGAAUAAACGUUACUAAAUGUCUCGCUACCUGGGCGGCAUUUCCAGACUCCAAUAAAGGAAUAUAUUUGUCAGUACGUCCUACUGAUAAAUCCCGUGAAAUUAGGCCAGAAGAUAUUGGUUUAGUUACUGUUCGAGGUGACGAAGCGACACACCCUUUUAUGGUUGCUUUUUUGAAAGCCUCUACAUCUGUUAAGCCUAGAAAAGCUCGAGAAAUUAGAACAAGAGUAAAAAAAUCUGACUUUGGAAGUGUAUUUGGACACCACAAAGGAUACGAACAAGACACCAGAAGCAGUUGCCAGAUUAACACAUUAUAUAUAAGUUUUAAAGAUCUGAAUUGGCAGGAUUGGAUAAUUGCGCCUGAAGGUUAUCCAGCAUACUUUUGCCAUGGCGAAUGCAAUUUUCCCCUUAAUUCUUAUAUGAAUGCGUCGAAUCAUGCCAUCGUUCAAACACUUGUUCAUUUAAUAAAUCCCACUAGAUACCCGAAGUCUUGCUGCGCGCCUACAAAAUUAUCUCCGAUCUCUGUUUUAUAUUUCUUAGAUGAUCAUAAUGUAGUGCUAAAAAGGUAUAAGAAAAUGGUUGUAAAAACCUGUGGAUGUCUUUAAUUUAAAAAAUAAAUAAUGGAACGCCAUAUAAUCUUUUGUAAUAAAUCCUGUACUUUAGUAGAAAGAAAAUGUAAAAAGAGAGUUAUUAAAUAUUAUUUAAAAGUCUUGUAUAUAUAUAGUUAUCAUGAAACACACGUAGUGCUUAUUGAUUAUAAAAUGUAUUUCUAUAUAUUGAAAUAUUACUUGUUAGGGUUUGUUUUUCUGGAUAAUAAAUGUAAAAGAAUAUAUUAAAAGCCGUAGGUAGGCCGUGUAUCAUGGAAAA